AUGGUCAUCACGAUAUUGUGCUCUUUGUUAACGUCAAUCUUGCUAUCGUUAGUGUCUUCGUUACAGCAAGUAUUCCCUCAAAAUCAAUCCAUCCGCCCCCUGGUUUUUUUCCAUUCCAUUCCCUCUUCACCCAUCAUUAACACACCACAAGCCACCAUCGUUGCUACCACCACCCACCACCACCACAGCCGUCAUCCGCCGACGUCACCCACCUCCGCCGCCACCUGCCACCUACCGCCGCCACCCACCAUCGCCACUGCCACCUACAAUCAUCGCUACCACCCACCUUCGAUCAUCGCCGCCACCAUUGCCACUGCCACCACCGUCACCGCUAUCAACCGCCACCACCCACCGCUACCACCCUCCGACAACCGUCGCCACUGCUACCACCUCCGACCACCACCGCCACCUACCUCCACUGUCAUCCACCACCACCACCACCACCGUCAUCCGCCGCCGUCACCCACCUCCGCCGCCACCCGCCACCUACCGUCGCCACUACCACCUACAAUCAUCGCUACCACCCACCUUCGAUCAUCGCCGCCACCAUUGCCACUGUCACCUCCGAUCACCACCGCCACCGCUAUCAACCGCCACCACCCACCGCUACCACCUCCGACAACCAAGAUUAAUCUGAAUGGACAACUGAUCAAAGACUGUUUAUAA